AUGCAGUGCCAAGCUUUUGCGUUGAGUGCGUUGCAGUCCUUUGGAACACUCGGUUCAAUAGGUGUCAUCGGGUUUUGCGCGCAUGCACUUCACGAGACUAGCUGGCGGAGCUCGAUCUCUGCGCAGAACAGCCGCCCGUUGCUGGUGCUUCGCGCAGACCGAGUCUGGGGCGGCGACGGCUGGAUAUUGACUCGAGGCGGCAAACUUGGCAAGAAGCGCCUUCCAAUGCCCGGAGCUGAUUCAGCUCGCAGUCGUAUUCGCAACGGCCAGCUGCCAGCAUUUGAGAGGAAACAAACGACUGGAGUAGUGCCUCGGGUACCAACGGAUGCCGGUAGCACUGCGGGGUCCUCGUCAAGUGCGGCGGAGAAACCACCAAAAACGGCUUCCGCACAGAGCGUGCAAACACAUGACAGAGCAUCCACUGGAAAUGGUGCAGCGAGCACGACGUCAGCGACUGCUAGUGCUAAGGCAAGCGUUACAGAGCCAGAAGCGGGCGCUAGUACGAAGAAGGCGGUCGGCGCUGGCACAGCACCGUCGCCCUUCAGCCUUUUCCGGAACCAUCGCCCUACUCGUUUACCAGGACCACCGAGGUCCUUUGAUAGAAAUGCAUUUCCUUAA